GGUGUCACACGCAAUGGGAAUUUCUACCCGUCAGCCGACUUGGUAACUGCCUCAGUAGCAGUCCCUCUGUCAUCGGAAUCAGUCGAGAGGGGGGCAGCACUCUCCAGCGAUGGAACAUGUGAUUGAUGUUUUGGGGAUUGUGUGGGGAUAUGGCGUCGUUCGAUGACAGUCUUCCCGAUAAAUUGGAGUAAUUUGACGUGUGAUUAUGAGAUGUAGUGAGGCUAAGGAUGCCGGUGGAUAUUAAUAGAUUGACUGAGGGAUGGUUGGAGCUGGAGAGUGAUCCAGGACUGUUUACUCUGCUCCUGGAGGAUUUCGGGGUGAAGGGAGUCCAGGUUGAAGAGAUCUACGACCUUCAGAAGUCUCUCGAGGGCCCAGUGUACGGAUUUAUUUUCCUCUUUCGAUGGAUCGAAGAGAGGAGGUCGAGGCGGAAGGUCGUGGAGCAGGACGAGAGCUUCCUCAAGGAUGAGGAAAUUGUCAACAAUAUUUUUUUCGCACAGCAGGUCGUUCCGAACAGUUGUGCAACGCACGCUCUACUGUCCGUCCUCCUGAACUGUCCGAACAUCCAUUUGGGCUCGACAUUAUCUCGUCUGAAGCUUCACACGUCGGGAAUGUGUCCUGAAAAUAAGGGAUGGGCUAUCGGAAAUACUCCAGAGCUAGCCUGUGCUCACAAUUCUCAUGCAAUGCCUCAAGCCAAAAGACGCCAGGACAAGAGCACUGCCGUGACAACAGGUAGAUUUACGGGUGAAGCCUAUCACUUCGUCAGUUACGUUCCCAUAAGUGGAAGAUUAUUCGAGCUGGAUGGUCUGAAGCCAUAUCCAGUGGACCACGGCCCCUGGAAGGAGCACGAAGAGUGGACUGAGCAAUUCAGGAGAGUAAUAACUGAUCGCCUGGGGAUCUCCACUGGAGAGCAGCUCCAGGACAUCAGGUUCAACUUGAUGGCCGUCGUCCCUGACAGGAGACUCGCCAUCUCCCACAAGCUCACGAUGCUGAAGACCAACAGGCAAAUCGUCCUGGAGGCUCUGCAGCAGCUGGUGAAACUCAGUCAUCAGGAGAACGAUAAGAAUUUGGAUGGGGAGAAGGAGAAGAGAGUCAAGGAUGAGGACAGAGAAACGGAGUUGAAUGUUCCUACGGUUAAUGUCGAGGCUGAUCCUGGCGAGGCUGAGGAGACUGGCGGUCACACCAAGAAUGAGGGACACCCCAUGGAGAAGGUCGUCAUGUGCGCUCUGGAUUACGCCACUCCUCUUAGGAUUCAAACUUCACCUGCUCACAGCUCAUCGAGUACUGAUACUUCAUCUGAAAUUGGCUCUGCAUUCAAUUCACCCACGCAAGCUUGGGGGUGGAAUUCUGGGCAGAGCAGUCCUACGUCGACUAAGGACUUUAAAAAAUUCGUCGUUAUUCGAGUCGCUGGGGACGAGAAGAACGAGGCAGGUCUGAGUCGCUCUCUCGGGAAUAUCAACAUAAAUGGAAAACGCCUAGUGUCUGACUCUGGGCAUCUGCAUAAGAAGGUCUGUCUCUCGGGGGAAGUUCGUAUACCACAUGCCAGGGUGAAAACCAGUAAUGGAGAUACUGUUACGGAGGAGAAGAAGGUUGAGAAAAUUGACUCGAAGUUGUGCUCAAAAUAUCCAGAGCUGUUUGAGCCACAUACUUUUGCUCCCAAGGAUCUCCUGGCGUUGCUGAAGAACCUUGAGCACGAAAUCAGUAUUUGUGAGACUUGUCUGAAGGACGAGAAUGACAAGCGGAAUAAAUAUAAAAUUGAUGACUGUAGGCGGACCCAUAAUUACGACGAAUUUAUUUGCACCUUUCUGUCAAUGCUGGCACAGCAGGGAAAAUUGGCAGAAUUGGUGCAGCAACAUUUAACGCUAAAAAAACACACUUCUGUCACAGUGAAUCGAGUGCACAGAUCUUCAAAAAAAACCGACGCCCGACCUAAUGCCUCACGUCGUCGUCGUGGCAGAACUAAAUGCAAGAAACGAAAGUGAGUCCUCGAUUCUCUGUCGAGUCUAAUCUCCAGUUCUACGCGGGUCGUGAACAAUGCACUCAUAGAGAACACAAGGUCUGCUUGACUUUCCAACUGUACCAUCCGGUUUAUUAUUGUGAUAAUUUCAAUUAUCGAUCAGUGUCCAUACGAAUGAAUUAUCAAUUAAUUUAAUGUUCAGCGUUUACUCAAUUCCUAUAAUUUGUAUUACACCGAAUUAAUUUAGUGGUGAUAGCGAAAUAACGAAAUUGUUGUGAGGACCUUCUGCGUAGCUCUGACUUGGCUUUACAAAAAAAGUCCUGAGAAAAAUUCAAUUAUUUUUCUUAGGUUCAGAGAUAUUCCUCGCUCGCUGGGGAAUCAGCCGAUUUGUUAUCUCACAAUUUACGUCUUCGCUACUGAAUUGUAAGGAUUUUAUUAAAAAAUAAAUGAUAAAAUGUGAGGUAACGAUUUACUGUCAAAAACAUUGAAAAUAUUUAUUUCAAUAUUCAUAUACAAGUACACUACACGCUGAUAUGUCUUUACAUCUAGACGCAUAUCUCGAGGAGGAAAUAAACUUUCGAAUGCAUCGUAAAACUCAACUCCGUCAGAGCGAAUUCAAUCGAAUUAACAGAUCUUUCCAUCACUCCGAACCCUGUCCCAAUCUACAUUCAUUUACUCCAGAGCCACUCACACAUCUCCACCCAUAAAACUCAUCCCCAAUCUUCCAAACUGGGAUGUAGUGGUCAGGAAGUCAGAUAAGAUACCACACUCCACAAUAAUAUCCUCCAAUAUUUCAAAUGUACAAAAUGAAAAAUCCUCUCUCCGUAAAUAAAAGAGCUCAGCUCAGAGAUAUUUACAAAUAUUUUAUUUGAAUAGUAAAAAGCUACAGAUGAAUCUUUGACAAUUCAAUAAUAAAAACAACGCCCACAGUUUGGAUGCACAGAUAAAGAGGAGUCGAGUGCAAAAAUUUUCCAGCGACUAGAGCCUAUGUAAUGUACAAUUAAACGGUAGUUUGUUCUCGAGUAAUUUCACCUAUUUCAUCUGAAUAGAUUGUCGAUAGCGACUACAUAAUUUCUGGGUUUUUCUCUCGUUCGAUACCAGGCACUGGUGGUUUUUUUUUUAGUUUGUUUUUUUUUUCAUUCAAUUCUAUAGAAAUUGGUCAUCACUAUUGAUUCUCGACAGAUUGUUUCGUAGAUUUAAACGCUCGAGUGAGCAGUUACAAAAAUAUUCAUUCAAAGGCUGAACAUGUAAACAUUGCAGUUUAAUUUUAUUCACCAGUCCUCUCGUCAUAAAUAUCCUCCAUCACACUAUUUCCAAUCUCCAUUUACAAAUUUAUUCCGUGCGAAUCUGCUUCUACGUUUUUCAUUAUAAAAAAAAACCAAUGUAUCCUGUGUUCGUGAUAAGAACACUGAAACGGUAAUAAAACAGUCUUGUGUUGGGCUCAUCGGGGCUUUCGGUUUUUAAAUGAAUUCAUUAGUUUUUUUUUUUCUGCAUCAAGACCACAAUGUUCGCAUUCAAAGCGCCCUCCAUUCUAUCUUAAAAAUGGACAAGAAGCCGUCGAUACUCUCCUACUUACAAUUUGUUAAUUAUAAUAAAUAAUUCGUCUCAGGGCAAGGAGAGGAGGGUUAAGGGGUGGGGAUUGGGAAUUCUUAAUAAUAAUAUUACGUAGAUUGGUGUAUACUAUUCUCCAUAGAAUUCCGCAUGUACGAUUCCCGUUUAUAGACUAAUUUAGUACGUUUUACUGAUUCUUUUAUAAUACAGCUGACGAUUUCUCGUGGGGGAAUUCUAUGUUAAAUAAAUCUCAAUUUUCCAAUUUCCUGCCACGAAAAAUCGUCGAUAAAGACAUUCAAUCGUAAUUCCAAUAAUGUGCGAUGAAAUAUCGAAAACGAUUUGAAUGAUUCAGUAGAAAAGAGA